AUGAGGGCAGAGCGUGGUGCUGAUGCAUUUUAUAGCAAAGUGACCGAAGAAUUUGCCAAAAAGCAAAGAAGAAUUAAAAUCAUUAAUGAAGUCAGAUACUCCACCAACACAAAUGUCAGAAGUGAAAUUGAAAAUGCCCUCAAGCUUAUGAAAGCAGAUAAAACUCCACGGAAAAAUGGCAUAACAACAGAGGUGUUAAGUAGGAGAGGAGAAGAGCUGUGGAAAAUACUUGUUCUAUGCUUCAAUCACCACCUGAAGGAGAAUCAAAUACUGUUACCAUGGGAAGAGUUACACAGAAUCUUAUUUCACAAGAAGGGUGAUAAAGAAGAUCUAAGAAACUAUAAUCCCAAGGAGAUUAGUGAAGCUACUGCUUUGAAAGAGAAAGGCAACACUUUAUUUAAGAAUGGCCAGUAUGAAGAAGCUGUCAGCUACACCGAAGCUUUGAAUAUCAGCGAUGUUCCUACUGAAGAGAAAAUAGCCUGCCUUAAAAACCGAAGUGCUUGUUAUCUUAAAACAAAACAGUAUCUGUUUGCUGUUUCAGAUGCUACUGAAGCUCUCAAAGAAAAUCCUCAUGAUACAAAAGCUUUGUAUCGGCGUUGCCAAGGAUACCAAGAGUUGGGACAAAUUGAAGAUGCUUACAAAGAUGCUACACAAUUAAUUAAAAUAGAUCCAAAAAAUCAAGCUGUCCAGAUAAUUAUGCAAAAACUUGUGUCUCCAAUGCAGGAAAAAGUUAAAGAACGUACAAGUAUGGAUGGUAAAGUUGCUCAGAUGUUCAGUUUGGCAUUCCAGGAUAAUCCAGAUGUGACAAGAGAAACAAAACUAACGGCAACCAACAACAUUAUAGUUCUUGCUCGUGAGGAAUCCGGAGCUCAGAAAAUAAUCAGAGAAAAUGGUAUUUUUUUCCUUCACAAAAUGGCACUAAUGAAAGAGGAUUCUGAACUUCAGCAAGCUUCUUACCGUGCAUUGGCUAACCUUGCAGAAAAUAGCCGAAUUCGAGCAGAAAAAAUUCUAAAAGAAAUAAGUCUUCCAGUGGUAUUGGAAACAUUGAAUACUUCUAAUGAGAAACUAUGUGUGACAGCUUCUCAACUUAUAUCCGGUAUAAUCAAUGCUAUUACAGAUGUUGAUGCAUUCAAAGCACUUGUCAAAGAACAGACUGCUAUGAAAAGAAGAGGAGAACGUGUGAAGCCAGCAAAAUUUACAAUAGAUGAAGCAGCUCAAACAUUUGUUGAUGAAAUCUUCAGUUCAUUGACUAAAAUGUUACCCAGUCGCAAGCUAGCAGCUAGAGGUCGAGAUGCCAUCAUGGAGAUCUUCAUUAAAUACAUUACAGGAGUGAGUGGUGUUGGGUGGAGCAAAAAAUUUAUGGAAAGUGAAGGCCUUUAUAGUUUAUUAACCAUUGCUGGCAUCCAUUGUAAAGUUGAAUCAGUGAUCAAAGUGACUAUGCAUUCAAGAAUGCAUUCGGCAUUACUACUAACGAGGAUCUAUGAUGAUAUGAUUGGUGAUAAACAAAGAGAUCAUUUUAAAGAACGUUGUCAUGACUACUUCAAAGAUACAUUUGGUGAAGGAGACAUUGAUUCUACGGUGGAGGCUGUUAGAGCAAUUACCACCUUAUUACAGGGUCCAUAUGAUGUUGGAAGUAUGUUAAUAAGCAUGGAAGGUGUACUUGGAAUUCUACUUUCAAUGUCCAAAAGUGAAAAGAAGCUCCAUCAGAUGGUAGCUGUUGAGGCUUUAGUUUGUUCAGCAUCAAAAAAAGAUAAAUGUGUUGGAAUUUUGAAAGAUGCUAUUCCUGUCUUAGAUUCUUUGUAUGAAUCUUCAGAUCCUGAAAUCCAAGUGCGUGCGCUUGUGGGCUUGUGUAAAAUGGCUUCCUUCAAAGGAACAGACUACAGUAUCAAAACUCUUGAAGAUGGUGAGAAUAUUAUUUUAGCUGAAGAUUGUCUGAAAUUCCUAACCAAUCCUGAUGACAAAGAAUUGUGGAAAUGGGCAACAGAAGGCUUGGCUUACUUAUCUUUGGAUGCUGAUAUCAAGGAACUCAUCAUGCUAAAUGUUCCUGCUCUUCAUUCCUUGAUUGAAGUUGCAAAGCAUGCUAAUGAUAAGAUCACAACUUAUGCUGCAAUCACUGUAUUUGUGAAUCUGACUAAUUCUUAUGAUAAACAAGAUGUACCAGAAGAGAUUAAAGAAUUAGCAAAAUUUUCCAAGCAUCAUGUACCUGAAGACCAUCCAAAGGACAGCUUAGAAUAUUCAAAAGCACGAACCAGAAAACUUGCUGAAGAAGGUAUGGUGUCAGCUUUAGUUGAAUUGUCAAAGACUGAAAGUGAAAAUAGCCGGGAGCAAAUCUGUAGGGUAUUUAUUGCUUUGGUUUAUGAAGCAGAUAUGCGUGGCCUAGUGGUUCAAGGAGGUGGUGCUAAGGCUUUGAUAUCUUUGUUCUUGGACAACACAGAAGCCGGUAAAGAAUGUGCAGCUCACAGCCUUGCUAAAAUUGGUGUAACUAUGGAUCCUAAUAUUGCAUUUCCUGGACAGAGAAUGUAUGAAGUGGUGCGACCUAUGAUUCAUCUUCUUGACAUCAACCGAACAGGACUGCAAAACUUUGAAGCUCUCAUGGCUCUGACAAACCUUGCAUCAGUUGGUGAACCUGUUCGAAAACGGAUUUUGGCAGAAAAUGGAUUUCCUCAGAUCGAGCACUAUCUGUAUGAAGAGCAUGAUAUGAUCCAGAAAGCUGCAACAGAGUGCAUAUGUAAUAUGGUCAUGAGUGAAGAUGUGGCAAAACUGUUUGAAGGAGAAAAUGACAGAGUGAAAUUAUUGUUACUUUUCACUUCCAAUGAAGAUCAAGCAACAGCACUUGCAGCAUCUGGAGCCCUUGCAAUUUUGUCUAGCAGUGUUAAAAUAUGCCAGAAAAUAGUUCAGGUGAAAAACUGGCUCGAUCAUAUGUUGGCACUGGCAGUGAAUGAAAAUAUUCAAAUACAGCACCGUGGUAUUUAUAUUAUUACCAAUAUGAUUAGAGCAGAGAAAGAUAUAGCAGCAAAUAUAAUUGAAAGCCAAAUUCUAGAAGUUCUAAUGGCUGUAUAAUUUGAAGACUCUGAAAAAACCAUGAUUCGUGAAUGUGCUGAAGCCGCCUUACUGAAAGCUGCAGAAUAUGAACUAAUAAAACCAGCACAAGAAAAUGGUGAAGGGAGUUAGUUGUUCAAUGUUAACCGAAUAUUAUUUAUUCUCCACAAAUUACCAGUGUCCUCAGUUAUUACCUCCGCCUUAGUGAAGGCGGUGGUAUUGUUUUCAGUUGUGUUUGUUUGUUUGUCCAUGGACAAGAUAUCUCAAGAACCUCUUGAUGGAUUCGGAUGAAACUUUCAGGGAUGUUUGGCCU